UGUGGUCUUUCUAAUUUUUUGCAGAUAACCUGCUUCCUUGCCCUCUCGGCGUUUACCAACGCUGACGGACUUGGCGGCCUUGUUUAUGCUCCAGGACAUUCUUCUCUAGAAUACUACUCAUAUCCUAGUUAUGCUUUUGAAUACGCAGUCAAGGAUCCACACACCGGUGAUAAUAAAGCGCAAUGGGAAAAACGAGAUGGAGACGUUGUAAGAGGUGCAUACUCGCUGGUGGAGCCCGACGGCAGUUUGCGUGUAGUUGAAUACAGAGCUGAUGACAAAACUGGUUUCAACGCCGUCGUCAAGCGUAUCGGACCCAACUUGCACCCGGUCGCCGCUCCUAUAUACAAGGCGCCUCUUCCAGUUCUGGGUUAUAAAGCAGAUAUACCGAUUUCGAUUGGACCUGUAGCUGGAAUCGAGAAACUCGCUAACGCUCCGCUCUUAAAUGGACCAUAUCUUGGUGGUGGUGCAUAUUCAUCUGCAAUUCUGUAUAAAACUCCAUCGCCUGCAGUUAUAAAAGAAGUAGCUCCGAUCGCUCCAAUCAUCCCUGCUCCUAUUCUUCCUGCACCAAUCAUUAAGAACCCAAUUUAUUCAGCACCUUUAUACGACCAAUCUCUACUCCAGGCUCCUAUUCUUAAGAAAGCUCCACUGCUGCAAUACCCGCUGCCAGAACCAAUAUACCCAAUAUAUCCAUCGUUAAAAGCUCCUCUUCCUGCUCUUAAAUCAUGGGGACCUCUACCUAACGCUGGUCUUUAUGACCUAGGUCUCUUGGGCAAGGGACUAUUGAAUGAUAAAUUACUUUUGGACUAUAGUGGUGCUGGUGGAUUAGAUUACAAGGGUUACGCUGGCAUUGGAUUGGGAUAUAAAGGAGGAUAUGGUCAUUAAUUUAUUAAAAAUUUAGUAUCUGAUUCACGACUAAAUAGAUGAGACAAAUAUGCCGCUAUCUAUAAUUCUUGGAUUCUGUGUCUUUGGUGCAAUGUUAUUCGCAUUGCUUGAUAAUAUUUGGUCAAUGAAAUGUAUAAAUAUUA